AUGCUUUUUAAGGAUCCAUUAACCAAAAGGAUUGUUGAAGACCGUAUAAUGCUUGUUCUAAAUCUCUUUGAUAAAAUCGACAAUGAUAAGUUGACUUUGGAUUCUGAUUUUUUUAAAGAUCUUGGACUUGAUUCGCUCGACUUUGUUGAGGUAAUUAUAGCACUUGAGGAUGAAUUUGACUUUGAAAUUCCGGAUGGUGAUUCUGAUAGAAUGAAGACACCAAGGGAUAUUUACAAAUAUAUUUGUGAAAAAUACGAUAUUUAUUGA